AAGAACCGAGUAGCUAGCAGGCGUUCAUUCCUAAUCAAAGCUCAGAAUGCAUUGGACGACAAAAGUUUCAGUUUUCUUAGUGCUCGCUACGGUAUUUUGUCAUCGGAGUGAAGCCGCCAGCAAUGCCUGUACAAUUGCCUGUCCGGCAACGGAGAAUCCAGUAUGUGGCACACAUCGGGGAAAUCGCGGUGGUUUAAUGACCUGCACAUUCAAAAACAGUUGUACAGUAAAAGCUCGCGAGUGUGUGAAUAAUGAGAAAUGGCUCUUCAGACAAGGCCGCUGUGAAAUGGAAAAUCCCGAUUGUGCAAAACUGAAGACACUAAGUCCUGUGACAACCACUGCAAAGCCUAAGGGACAAGGAGCCUUGGAUAAAACAAAAACAUUCUUUAAAGAUUUGUUUGGUAAAAAGAACUAAUUUUGAAAAAAAAAAUUACAUAAUAAAUUAUUGGAAAAGUC